AUGGAAGAAAAUCGUGUAUCAACAAAUAAAUUAUCUGUUAAAAAAUUACGUCGUCGUUCAAAAUCUCUUAAUCGUCAACGUCCUGUAUCUUCAAUAUUAAAUACCCAAAUUUCUUCAGUUAUUCAUGUAUCUGUUAAACCACUUCGCAGCGCUCGUUCAACUUCAAAUUAUAAAGAUAAUAAAGAGAGUAACAAUAGUUUGUCACGUUUAACAACUCAUCAAAGUCGUAAUAGAUCAAAUAAAUCAGUUAUUGUAGAAAAUUCUAAUAAACAAUUAACAAAUAAUGAAACACGUUCUAUCAGUGUUAUUAAAAUUCGUCGUCCAUCAUCUCAGUUUCGUCAAUAUUCAUCGAAAAGUAUUAAUAUUUCAAAUGAAACAAAUAAUUCAUCGAAUAAACACGAUCGAUUGGGCACAGAAAAAGAUAGUGAUCAUCACGAUAAUAUUAGUAAUCAAUCGACAUCGAAUAUUCAUAUUAUAAACAAAAAUGUAAGCGUUAAUAUUAUUCUUUAUUUGACUCUGAAUUUUAUUGAAUAUUGUUGUCGAUGUUCACGACGACGUGUACUUAUGUAUUUAAUCUCUCUUAUACUUAUUGGUAUUAUUCUAGCUAUUAUUCUUAUUAUUCUAUUGAAGAAACCAACAAGAACAAGAAAUAUACCUUCUCUUGAAGCUUAUCUUCGAUGGAAUACAAGCGCUAUAACUUUGUUUGGUACUACAGGCAUAAGAGGAAAUACAUCAAAUCAAUUAUCUAGUCCUUUUGGUUUAGGAUUUGAUUCAUUUGGUGAUCUUUAUAUUGGUGAUAGAUAUAAUCAUAGAAUUCAAAAAUGUAAUAUUAGAAAUUUAACUUGUAAAACAAUAGCUGGUCAAGCAAAUGCAGUUUCUGGAACAAAUAUGAGCUCUUUAAAUGGACCAACAUUUUUAUAUAUUGAUACAAACAAUAAUUUAUAUAUAGCAGAUUCAGGUAAUCAACGAAUUCAGUUUUGGAACUAUGGAGCAUCUUAUGGAACAAAAGUUGCGGGUGUUACAAGUUCUGGUGGUUCUGGAUUAAAUCAAUUUAAUACUCCAUAUGGUAUUGCUACGGAUCCAAAUACGAAUGCAAUAUAUAUAUGUGAUUAUAAUAAUCAUCGUGUUAUGAAAUAUUUCUCUGGUAAUUUAACAGGUAUUGUUAUUGCUGGAGGAAAUGGUUUAGGAAUAAAUAAUACACAAUUAAAUUAUCCUGCUGGUCUUAUUUUUGAUUCAUCAACAAAUAGUCUUAUUAUAUCAAAUUAUGGUGCAAGUAAUAUUGUUCGAUGGAUAAUAGGUGAUUCUAAAUGGACAAUCAUUGCUGGAAGUUCUAUGGGAUCGACUGGUAUUACUUCAACACUUUUUAAUCAUCCAACAAGUGUUACAUAUGAUCCAAUGGGUAAUAUGUAUGUAGUAGAUAUGUUUAAUCAUCGUAUACAAUUAUAUCUGGUUGGUCAAUCAAACGGAACAACAAUUGCAGGAAUUUCAAGUCAACCUGGAACGAAUUCAACAAUGUUAAAUUAUCCUGUUUCAGUUGCAUUUGAUAAUCAACUUAAUUUGUAUGUUGCGGAUCAAGUAAAUCAAAGAAUACAAAAAUUUUUACGUUAUUAA